GACCUCUCUCUCAUCCGUCUUUCUCCACAUCCUGCGGGACCUGCAGAAUCGCCUUUCAACCCUCCUCACCCGUACAUGAGCCCCCACAUGGAACACUACCUCCGAUCUGUACACAGCAGCCCUACCCUGUCCAUGAUCUCAGCUGCUAGAGGUCUCAGCCCGGCUGACAUUGCACAUGAGCAUCUGAAAGAAAGGGGUCUCUUCGGCCUCCCCCCUCCUCCACCGGGAGCCAACCCUGCGGAUUACUAUCACCAGAUGACGCUCAUGGCCAGCCAUCCAAAUCCUUACGGGGACCUCCUCAUGCAGAGCGGGGGAGCAGCCAGUGCCACGCACCUUCACGAUUACCUCAGCCCUUUAGACGUCUCAAGAUUCUCCAGUCCAAGGGUGACGCCAAGAUUAAGUCGAAAGCGAGCAUUUUCCAUAUCCCCAUUGUCUGAUGCCAGCAUUGAUCUUCAGACAAUGAUUCGGACUUCCCCAAAUUCCUUGGUGGCCUAUAUAAAUAACUCCCGAAGUAGUUCUGCAGCAAGUGGAUCUUAUGGGCAUUUAUCGGCAGGGGCAAUAAGUCCAGCAUUCACCUUCCCCCAUCCUAUCAAUCCAGUGACAUAUCAACAGAUUCUGAAUCAGCAAAGAGGCCUGAGUUCAGCGUUUGGACAUACGCCUCCCUUCAUCCAACCAUCCCCAACAUUCCCUGCACGGCAGCAUGUGGCGGUCAUCUCUGUCAAUUCUUCACCUGCUCAGAUCAGCAACACCAGCAAUUGCAUAGAUGAUUCCAACCAGCGCAAGCAGAGCAGCGAGUCAGCUGUUAGCAGCACUGUCAAUCCAGUGAUUAACAAACGCAGCAAAGUCAAGACUGAAAUGGAAACCCUGCCACCAGCUUCCCCACCUACUCAGGAGCAUCUGACAGACUUGAAAGAAGAACUUGAUAAGGACGAAUGCAAACAGGAGCCUGAAGUUAUUUAUGAAACCAACUGUCACUGGGAAGGAUGUGCAAAGGAGUACGACACUCAGGAUCAGCUCGUCCAUCACAUCAAUAAUGAUCACAUUCAUGGGGAGAAGAAAGAGUUUGUCUGUCGCUGGCAAGACUGUACACGGGAGCAGAAGCCAUUCAAAGCUCAGUACAUGCUAGUCGUACAUAUGCGAAGGCACACUGGAGAAAAGCCACACAAGUGCACGUUUGAAGGUUGCUCCAAAGCCUACUCCCGGCUAGAGAACUUAAAGACACACCUGAGAUCUCACACCGGAGAAAAACCUUACGUCUGUGAACAUGAAGGCUGCAAUAAAGCUUUUUCGAAUGCUUCUGACCGAGCAAAACACCAGAACAGGACACAUUCCAAUGAGAAACCCUAUGUCUGCAAAAUUCCAGGCUGCACGAAGAGGUACACAGACCCCAGUUCCCUCAGAAAACACGUGAAGACGGUGCAUGGGCCAGAGGCACACGUCACCAAGAAACAGCGCAAUGAUGUUCACCUGAGACCGCCUCCCCUUAAAGACAAUAGUGACAACGAAGCAAGUGCAAAGCAGAGUAGCAAAGCUGCCGAGGAGAGUGCUGAGGCAAACAGCACCACCAGAGGGGUGGAGGACUGUUUACAAGUCAAAACGAUAAAGACAGAGAAUUCUGUGAUGUAUCAGUCCAGUCCUGGUGGCCAGUCAUCAUGCAGCAGUGAACCAUCACCACUUGGGAGCACCAACAACAAUGACAGUGGAGUAGAAAUGAACAUACACAGUGGAGGAAGUCUGGGAGACCUGACCGCAUUGGAAGAUGGCACUCCUGUUGUGGACUCGACAGUUUCAUCAGGAAACGCGACAGUCAGUCUUCAGCUAAGGAAACACAUGACAACAACGCAACGCCUUGAGCAGCUCAAGAAAGAGAAACUCAGGACGGUGAAGGAUUCUUGCUCAUGGUCAAAUCCAGCACCUCAAAUGAGAAACACCAAGCUGCCUCCCAUCCCAGGCAAUGGUAGGUCUGGCUGUGGCUAUCCACUGGACAACACGGGUGGAUCUUCUGCAGCAUUGCCUAACCCAAGAAUAACGGACUUGUCCACCAACGAGCUUACAAUGUUGAAUCAACUAACUGAACGUCGUGAUAGCUCAACCAGCACCAUCAGCUCUACCUACACAGUCAGUCGCAGGUCAUCGGGGAUAUCCCCUUAUUUCUCCAGUCGCCGUUCCAGUGAAGCAUCACAAUUUGGAAACCGUCCGAACAACACAAGUUCUGCUGACUCCUACGACCCAAUUUCCACAGAUGCAUCACGCCGAUCGAGUGAUGCCAGCCAGUGCAGUGGGAUCCAAGGUCUUCUGCACCUUACACCAGCUCAGCACUACAGGCUAAAAGCUAAGUAUGCGGCAGCCACGGGUGGCCCUCCACCCACACCAUUGCCUAAUAUGGAAAGAAUGAGUCUAAAGAACAAAAUCUCCCUUCUUGAUGGGUCAGAGCCUACUUUGCCUUCAUUUCGCCACCUUCCUGGUCCAAGGCGUUGUAGUGACGGUAACCCUUAUGGGUAUGGAGCACCAGCUGCCUUCCCUCAUGAAGUGGUAGGCAAUAAUGCAAGGCGUGCAAGUGAUCCUGUAAGGAGACCGCCUGGAGACCCUACUUCCCUUCCUAGAGUCCAUCGUUUCAAUAGCACCAACAACAUGAAUCCUCUUCACCCUCCAUUGGACAGAAGGAACUUCAACCUUUCAGGCUAUACACGUUCAGACGGAAGCCUCACCAGGCACAUGUAUUCCCCAAGGCCACCAAGUAUUAGUGAGAAUAUUGCCAUGGAAGCAAUGUCUGGUGAGACUGAUGGUUCUGUUGGAGAUGAUGAUAUAGUACUACCUGACGACGUAGUGCAAUAUAUCAAAUCACAAAACAAUGGGAUGGCUGGAGAAAACUCUUCUAUAGGGUAUGGCAAUGAGAUGCAGAGCUUCCAGGUGAAUGCAAAAGGACAACAGAACAGCAUGCUAAACCAAUGUAGAAUGGCUGUCUCAGAUGUGAGUAUGAAUCAUUCCGAUCCAGUGAUGGGUGGGUGUCAAAUAAACUUUGGUAUGUCCUCCAAUAUGUGUAAAAACAACAUGCCUGUCCAAUGGAAUGAGGUUAGCUCAGGUACUGUUGAUGCAACCUCUGCUCAAGCAAAGCAACAGUUUUCACCGCGGAACUUGGGUGUAGUCCAUCAGAAGCACAACUUCAGCCAGUAUCACAGCUUCAACCACCAGCAGACACAGAUGGCUCAAAACAUGGAUGCAAACCUGCAGCAGUUUAUGCACAAGAAUGCCGGCAUGGAUGGACAAAAGUUAAACUGCAUGCACUUAAAGCAGCAACAGGCAAAUCUAAAUCCUAAUAACAAUCCAGAUUUGAACUCACACCAAGGGUAUAGCCAGGCUCAUCAAAUGCUGAGCCCAAACACAAUGAGCAGCGAUCUCAAACAGUUUUCCCCUUCCUGUAACAACAUAAUAAUGAAGACUGCAUGCCAUGUUCAUCCUCAGCCAAUGGAUGCUAUGGCUGAUACAAAUUUGAGCUUUUCAUCUCAGCCAACACACAUGAACCUCUCAGUGGCACAGGAAGUGUUCCAUCAGCCUUCUGCACUGAUGACCUCAAAUCAGACAAAUUUUGAGCCACAACAGGAUAUGAUAGGUAGAUUUGAACACAGCUUCCCUUCUGGUGUAGUACAGCCUCAUCCUCCAUCUAAUCCCAGUCCAGCAAACAGAUACCGAGGGAUACGUGCUAUGCAACAGUUGGGUUACAUGAGAACACCUCACCCGUUUACUGAUGUAAGUCCAGGGCAGGAUAAGGCAGAGACCACCCCUAAGAGAAUAAAUGGCGUGGCCUCAUCUCAGCCUCAGCCUUGCAACAGUGAUAUGAGAGAAAGCCAUUUAAUGCACUAUUACGGUCAAAUACACAUGUAUGAACACAAUGGAAAUGUUAAUAACCAUGAAGACUGUAGUGUACGACAGCAGCAGUGUGCAUUAAAUGUCAAGCCAGCCACCAUGCCCUCUCCUGGAGCUAAUCAAGUUUCGAGCACUGUGGACUCACAGGUUCUGGAGCCUCCUCAGAUAGAUUUUGAUGUCAUCAUGGAUGAUGGUGACCAUUCAAGCCUGAUGUCAGGGACCCUGAGUCCGAGCGUUCUGCAGAACCUCUCCCAGAACUCUUCGCGCCUUACAACUCCCCGAAACUCUCUGACACUGCCAUCGAUCCCAGCUGGAGUUAGCAAUAUGGCAAUCGGGGACAUGAGCUCUAUGUUGACCACCUUGGCAGAAGAGAGUAAAUUUCUUAACAUGAUGUCUUAAUGCUUAAAGCACAACUGUCUAGAAUUA